CGUGUCCAACAGCGGAAAUUUGUAGAGCGUCACUACCUUCCGCAGAUCGCGAAAAUCAGAGCAAAUUCUUGCUCCCCAAGAAAAUGCAAGCAAAACAUUCUAGAUUUAGAUUUCUUUCACUGUAUGUAAAUCAUACCAUGCACCGUUUGAUUCCGUAUAAACUUGGUUGAUUUGUUUCACGAUUCGUUCUGGUUUUGGGAGCGCGUGAAGUGAAGUAUGGCUCGACCGUCGUCGUCGUCAUCCGCCGUAGCACCGGAGCUGCAACUGCGAAUCGAAGAGAAGUUAGCCCUAAUUCCUGGCCUACCAAAUGACGUGGCAGCGAAGAUACUGUUCUGUGUUCCGUACUCGCACGUAGACCGUCUCAAGGUGACUUGCAAAUCAUGGCGUCACUUUUUCUCCUCUAAAACCCUAAUCAGACUGCGUAACCACCACCGGAACCUUUCUAGUCUGCUCUGCAUCUUCCCCCAGGACCCUUCCAUCGCCUCCCCGUACAUCUUUGACCCCGAGAAUCUCGCGUGGCGGCCUCUUCCGCCGAUGCCUUGCAGUCCGCACGUUUACGGCCUCUGCAAUUUCACUUCACUCGCUGUCGGCACCAACCUUUACGUCCUCGGUGGGUCCUUGUUUGAUACACGGUCUUUUCCUCUCGAGCGCCCCUGCUCAUCCUCUGCUGCGUUCCGAUUCGAUUUCCUAACCUUCAAGUGGCACCGCCUCGCUCCCAUGCUGUAUCCUCGCGGGAGUUUUGCUUGUGCAGCGAUUCCAAGCUCGGAUCAGAUCAUAGUCGCUGGGGGAGGUUCAAGGCAUAAUUUGUUCUGUGCUGCAGGGAGCAGGAUGAGCGCGGUGGAGAGAUAUGAUAUCGAGAGAGAUGAAUGGGUGGCGCUGGAUGGUUUGCCAAGUUUCAGGGCGGGGUGCGUUGGUUUCUUCGUCGGGGAAGGGGAAGAGAGGGAGUUUUGGGUUAUGGGAGGGUACGGAGAGUCAAGGACCCUGUCAGGGGUUUUCCCGGUCGACGAGUAUUACAGGGAUGCAGUGGCCAUGGAGCUCAAGAGCAAUGGUGCUGGGAAGUGGAGGGAGGUUGGCGAUAUGUGGGCGGAAGGGGAGAGAGCGAGGCUUGGGAAGAUUGUUGUCAUGGAGGAUGAGGAAUCAGGCUGUCGUCCUUCCAUUUUCAUGCUAGAUGGGAAUGAGAUCUUGAGAUAUGACAUGGCCUCUAACCAUUGGCAAAAGGAGUCCAGUGUACCAAGAAAAGCAUCUCGCAACUCGUCCUUUGGUUUUGUUGUGUUGGGUGGUGAGCUAUAUGUGAUGUCUCAGAGAUGGCGCCCUCAUACAAAGACAGGAACUCUAUUUGUUCAAAUUUACCACCCAAGGAAGAACACAUGGCGAUCCCUCCUGGCAAGGCCACCAUUCCAUUGCCCUCUGGAUUUCAAGACUGCAAUUCUGUGCACAGUUCGCUUGUAGAUUUCAUUGAUUAUUCUGUAAAGUGGCCAUUAUUCAUACUGUGAAAAAUUCAUCAAAUGAUGUGCAUAGUUCAUCUGGUACUAUAUGUUGAUGGACCUGGUUACUUACUCUUCCUUUGUAAAGAUCGUUGGUAAAGAUAAGGGUGAGUCAUAAGAUAAGAAAACUAGUUGCUUACUCAUAUAAGAUAUAGUAUGAAUUCAUUGUAAGCGGAUGUUAUUGCAAUAUGUAUAUGUUGUUACUGGAAUAGAUUACAAACAUUUCUGUCUUCUA